AAAUUGAACCAUGUUUGCAUCAUAAAAUAUAAAAUAAAUGUUUUAAAACGAAUUAGUGAAGUACUAGUGAAUAUAAAAGUGAAAUGUAUAAGUGUGUUAUUCAUUUUAAAUCGAAAAAUUACGUACUUUAAAUAGUUGAAAUCAUCAACUUUAAACGUAAAUAUCUCGAAAACUAUAAAUUUCCCGUAGCUUUAUUGAUAUAUAUUCUUGAUCUGGAGGACCUCCUCUAUCCGCUCAUACCCAUUUUAUCUUCGAAUUCGUGGGUAUUCUAGAGCCGACCUCAACAUAUUGACAUCUACCAUUAUAACAUGCUUAGACUUAGAUUAUACCAUGCUAAACAUUAGCAAUAUGCAUUCUCGGUUGGUAAGAUUGUUAGCAAUACAGAUGUCGAGAAAUUGUAUAUUGUCUGUCGAGAUGCCCUGUUAAUAAUUAAUGCUAAAGGAGACAGGACGUUAUUAAAUAAAUUCAAGAAAUAAAACAAAAUUUGGUGUUUAUAGAUUGUAAUAAAAGAAUGGCCGAGAUUAAAUCUAUGGAACAUUCAACACUUAAGGUUCCGUAUGAAGUUUUAAAUAAAAGAUUUCGAAUCGCGCAGAAAAAUCUUGAUCGUGAAUUAGACCAAAUACAGAAUUCUUCCAGGGAUGUUGAAAACCUUAUGACAAGUUGUAAGAUCUUACCAACUGUUGAUGAAGUCGGUGCACUAGUUGGAAAUGUUGUCGAGCGUAUCCAAAUAUUGAAGAGGAAGGCAGGGGAAAGUUUACUGGAUGAAUUAAAUGCUGGAUUAGUGUGCAAGCGUAAAAUACAACAUUUAAGGGUGCUAGUUCCGCCAGACUCUGAUAUAUGUUACGACGCAUGGCAAGCCUCAAUAGACCAGUGGAAAAGAAUUCGAAUGGACCGCAUUGUAAUAGAACAUCUACUUAGAAGAGGAUAUUAUGAAACGGCAGAGUGCCUUGCAAGGAAGUCUGAUAUACGAAGUUUAACUAAUCUUGAUAUUUUCCACACAUCCAGAGAAGUAGAGGAGGAUCUCUUUAAACAUAAAACAUUAAAAUGUGUUUUGUGGUGCAAUGACAAUAAAUCCAAACUUCGAAAAAUAAAUUCUAAUAUGGAAUUUAGUUUACGCGUUCAAGAAUUUAUUGAACUUGUUCGCAACGAUAAUCGAGUUGAAGCAGUUAAAUAUGCAAGAAAAUAUUUUCAAGGCUUUGAGAAAACACAGCUAAGGGAAAUUUGCAAGUGCAUGGCUUUAUUGGCGUAUCAACCUAAUACAGAUACCGAGCCAUACAAAACCUUAUUCAGUGAAGGACGUUGGAACGAUCUUGUUUUAAAUUUUCGAAAUGAAAACUACCGUUUAUUUCAAUUAUCAACUCAAUCUUUACUUAGUGUUGCAAUACAAGCUGGAUUAUCGUCAUUAAAAACACCACAAUGCUAUUCUCCAAACUGCAAAAAUCCUCAUUGCCCUGUUUGUCAAGAAGAUUUCAAUCAAAUCGCUAGGAAUUUGCCAUAUUCACAUUGUGUACAGAGCCGCCUAAUUUGCAGAGUCACUGGACUUCCUUUGAAUGAACAUAACUUACCAAUGAUGCUGCCAAACGGUCAAAUAUUUGGGCAGUUGGCUGUACCCGAAAUAACUAGAGAAGACGGUGCUGUGGUUUGUCCUAUUACAAAUACAACAUUUUCAAGCCCAAAAGUUGAAAAGGUUUUUGUAAUGUAAAAAAUUAAAUCAGUUUCAAUUUCAAGUUUAAAAUGUGUAUUUAAAAUCUUGAUAACAUUAACAAUAAAAGUAUAAAAUUCGGUUUACACGGUC